AUGACCACUUCUUCGAGAGCGUAAAAUGACCUCUGUUUACAUAUUUGAAAUAUAUUUGGCAUAAAGUGGUGGAUAUUGUAUGUAAGAGGCACUUUAAUAAAGACACAAUAUGAGAUUAGAUGACGAAAGUCAGCGGCGAGGUGGACUUUUAACACUGCAACACUCUUCGUGUUGACCUAUUUAACUGAAGGGGCCAGCGGCUUACACGCGAGUGUCAUAAAUGGAGUAAAAUAAACUUGUAAUAAAGAUGCAGAACAUCUUUAGAGCGACACGUCGUGUGUUAAAACCCAACCAAGGCUGCUUCUCUGGGAUGAGUGCGGGAGAAUUAUCCAAGGAAGUAUCACAAUGUUCCCAGCACGAUGACACAUGUUUAACAAAGGAGGCUUCUCUCUACAUUCACUGGCCUUACUGCCUGAAGCGAUGCUCCUACUGCAACUUUAACAAGUACAUCCCUAAAGACGACAAUAACCACAUAUUGACGGAGUGUCUUCUGCGGGAGACAGAGACUCUGCUGCAGCUUAGUCAAGUGUCCUGCAUCACCUCUGUGUUCUUUGGCGGUGGGACCCCAAGCCUGGCGCACCCCUCCACUGUCUCUGCCUUGCUCGAAACCGUCUCCAGGCAUGUGGGUCUUGCAAACAAGGCCGAGGUCACAUUGGAGGUCAAUCCAACUCCUGAGGGGAGGUCAAAGUUGAAGGAUUUUAGCCAAGCAGGGGUUAACCGUUUCUCCAUUGGGGUGCAGUCUUUGCAGCAAGAGAGUUUAAAACUCUUGGGCCGAGACCACAGCCCUAGUCAGGCUGUGCAGACCAUCGAGGAGGCUCGCAGGCUGUGCCCAGGGAGGGUGUCGGUAGACGUCAUAUUCGGACGCCCCAACCAAACCUUGCAAUCCUGGGAGGCGGAGUUGUCAGAGCUGCUGAUGCUGAGCGACGAGCAUGUGUCCCUCUACCAGCUGACCCCGGAGCGAGGGACCUUACUCUUUAAACAGCUACAAGGCGGUGAACUGGCGUUGCCCAACGACCACCAGAUGGCGGAGAUGUAUGAGAGCGCCAGAAGGAUGCUGAAGGAGCACGGCUUCCGGCAGUACGAGGUGUCAAACUUUGCCAGACAUAAUGCAGUGAGUCAACACAACAUGAACUACUGGAAGGCAAGGCAAUACAUCGGUGUUGGUCCAGGAGCACAUGGCCGCUUUGUCCCUCUCGCUGAGGGAGGUGUGCAGCGCGAGGCCCGCACACAGACCUUGGAGCCUGACCAAUGGAUCCGCGAGGUCCGGCAGAUGGGACACGGGACAAGAAGGAGGAUUCUUCUCGGACGCCUUGAACUACUGGAGGAGGCCUUGGUGAUGGGAUUGAGAACGACAGAGGGCAUCACUCACAAGAACUGGCAGCUGUUCAGUCCACAGCUGGCCCUUGGUGACAUCUUCGGCUCAUCCGCUGACGUCCAAGAUUUCUUCCACGGAUGCUCUCUGAUCCUCGACGACAAAGGCUUGCGCUGCUCAUGGGAUGGUCUGGCCUUACUGGACAGCAUGCUGCCCACCCUGCUGAUGGAACUGGAGAGGAAAAUCUCCCCUCCCCCAAAAGAGUCCUGUAAGUCAUGACAGCAGCGCUGACACAUUUCCAUGAAUAAUCCUUAUUUGGAUUCAAGCUUGAAAAAAGUGAAGUUUGUGAAUGUUAUCUAUAAAGCACUUCUCACAGAGAGUGCUUCAUGUUGUUAAAAUACAAUCAAAACAAGCAUACAGCAUGAUGCAACAACAGAAACAUUGACAAUAAAAUAAUACAAAUAAUAUGUAAAAUAAAAAAACAAAAUGAAAUUGUCAGGUUCAAACACUGAUGACAUCUAUUAACAAGACAAGAAGCAAGGAAUUAAACAGUGACAUAAUUAAAUUUGGCUCAAUUGAGGAGAAACGCGUACACCUGUACCCUUGUACAGUGUCACCACGCUCUGGCGAAAGAUUAUACGCUUCCUCUUUUAUUUGGACCCUGAUUACAUGGCAACAGCUGUUUCUAAGGGAGGGGGGGUCGUAAACAGCCAUCGCCAGGGCUGUCAAACGUCAUCAAGAACAAACACAGAACACGCCUCACUGAUGCACAUCUGCAAGACUCACUCAGAGUUGCAGUGUCAAGUUACCAUACUUGCCAACCCUCCCGGAUUUUCCGGGAGACUCCCGAAAUUCAGCGCCUCUCCCGAAAACCUCCCGGGACAAAUUUUCUCCCGAAAAUCUCCCGAAAUUCAGGCGGAGCUGGAGGCCACGCCCCCUCCAGCUCCAUGCGGACCUGAGUGACGUGUUGACAGCCUGUUCACAGUCCGCUUUCCCACAAUAUAAGCAGCUAAUGAUUGAGGGCGAGUUCUUGGUUUCUUAUGUGUGUUUAUUGUUAGGCAGUUUCAUUAACGUCCUCCCAGCGCGGUAGCAACACACAACAACAGCAGUCAAGUUUUCGUCUACAGUAAAGCAGUUCGUCUGCCGUAAACAGCAAUGUUGUGACACUUUUAAACAGGACAAUACUGCCAUCUACUGUACAUGCAUAUGUGACCCACCCAUAAUGUGUCACAUUUUUGUGUUGAUUUAUUUAUUUUAUUUUGUGGUUUGAAUUCGUUUUUGGAGCUGUCAUUACACAUUUAUCAGUAUUCACAUUGGUCAGUAGGGGGCAGUAGGGCGUUUCUUCCCAAUUGAAUGCUAUCACCUGCAGACCGGAAGUGUCUUGUCAUUCUGAUGAGCGCGACCAGUCUGUGAACAAUUGAAACGUCCUGUGUGCUUUUUCCUCCUGUAUAACAGGUUAGUUUUGGUGAAUCAACUCACUGAAUAAUAUCCAUGUGAUCUUUAUAAGUUUAAGUACACAUUCUGAUGGUGGAGCCUAACUCUAAAGUGUUUGUGAGUUGUAGUUUGUAUUUGUGAAUGAAUCCAGUGCACAGCUGCAGUAAUCAAUACAAAAAGGAGACGUGAGUACGCAAUGUUUAUAUAGGAACUUCUGAUCUUAAUUCAGACUCCCAAAUUAGAGCUCCCGUUUUCUUAUUGAUUUUAUAAUGUAUAUUUGUAUAAUGUGUGUGUUCUGAAAUAGUGACAGAGAAUAGAACAAGGAUGGACAAUUCAACCCUUAACUCAACAAUGAGUAGAUGAGUGUUA